UUCGACUCGAAAGAAUCAUAUGUCGCUGUUUGUACGUAACUUUACGUCGUAAGUAACGAGGCGUUGCGAGAAAUGGCGUUAAAACGUCCGUUUCGCGAUAUAGACUUUUUGUGUCCUGUUUGUCGUGAUGUUUUCAAUUAUCCUGUGGUGCUUCUGUGCGGCCACAGUUUCUGCAGAGCCUGUAUUGACCAGUGCUGGAGUGUCAAUGACUCGAGACGGUGUCCAAUGUGCAGAAAAAUAUGUGCUAACACCCCUUCCCUUAACUUGGCUCUUGAAAACUUAUGUCAAGCAUUCCAGCAUCGCAAACGGCGUUUAGAGGAGCUGUGUGAAUUUCACCAGGAGAAACGGACUCUGGUGUGUUGUGAUGAUGAGCAGUUACUGUGUGAGAUUUGUAAACAAUCUGAGGAGCACAGAAAUCACACAUACCGUCCAGUUCAAGAGGUCGCUGAGGAACAUAAGGGAAUUCUGCGGACAAAACUUGGUCUCUUGAAGAAAAAGAUGGAGCUCAUGCACCAAGCCGAUCUUGAGUGUGAAUCUGUGGGACUUAAGAUAAAUGGUGAUCCUCCUCAUUUGAAAAAUCAAAUCAAGGCUGGGUUUAAGCAUCUUCACCAGCUUUUGGAUGAUGAAGAAAAGGCCAUGUUUAAUGAGCUAAAACUGGAAAAGGAGAAGAAACUGGAAAGUCUGAAAAAUAAAAAUGAGAUAAUCGGUGAAGAAAUCCACACGCUCACAGCCACUAUUAAAAACCUGGAAAAGGAGUUAGAUAGUGGGGACAUCAGAAUAAUUCAGAACUUCAAGAACACAUUGCUGAGAGCCCAGUGCGAAGCUGAGGAUCCAGACAUGACUCCAGGAGAUCUCAUUAACGUUGCAAAGUAUAUGGGCAACUUUAAGCACAAUGUUUGCCAGAAAAUCAGACGAUCUAUCAGUUACACUCCAGUGGUUCUGGACCCUAACACAGCCAACUUUCACCUCACAUUAUCUGAUGAUCUGAUCACAGUGUGGAAUCGCAAUAAAUCUCAGGUGAUUGAUGAAAAAAGUCUCAAUAACAUUGAGAGAUUUGCUGAUUGUCCGUGUGUGCUGGGCUAUGUGGGAUAUUCCACAGGGACGCACACCUGGGACGUUGACGUGGAGGAGAACACGUCCUGGAUGGUGGGUGUCGCCAUAGAGUCCGUCCAAAGAAAAGGAACCAACGGCUUGCCCAGUGGAGUCUGGUGUAUUGGGUACAACAGGGAAAUACUUAGUGUUACGGAUCCUCUGGAAUCACGUGUCCCACUACACGGGUUUGCAAAACCCACAGUAGUAAGGGUGAACCUGGACUUGAGUGCAGGACGGCUGUCAUUCUCAGAUCUCCGGAGUGAGACCGUCUAUCACACCUUCACACACAAUUUCACUGAGAAGGUCUAUCCGUUCUUCUACAAUGAGUGCUCAUACUGUAUUAGUAUUCUGCCUGUGGUUGAGUCUGAGGAGAAAUAAAGAGAAUAAUAUUCUCUUUCACUGAGAAGGUCUAUCUGUUCUUUAAUACUAAGUGCCAUUUCCCUGCAUAAAUGUUCAGUGAAGAAAUUUAAAGUGCCUUUGCACUCAGUGAUUUAGUUUGUUUUUUGCUUCACCAAGGCAGAUUUAAAUUUGAGUGGAAGUACCGCAUUAUAUUUACUAAAUUUAGUUUUAUUAACAUUUCAAUACUUGUGUUUGACAGAAAAGACAGCCUUAAUAUUUUUGCUUUUGCUGCAUUUUAUGAGUUAUUGUUGUGGUUUAGUAAGCUUGGCUUAAGCUUUUAAAAAAUGGCAUUGGUGUUACAGUCAUUUAUAUGGGCUCUUUGUUUGUAAAGAUUUUUGGUAAAUGUUAAGGGUUAAGCAAAAAGUUCAGUUGUUAAGCAAAAGUUAAUUUGUGAUUUUAUUACCAAAAAAAAAGAAAAAAAGAAUUGCAUUAUAAAAGAGAGAUGUCUU